AUGAAGUAUAUGAGUGGACACCAAGUCUUGGAAAUAUGUACAUGCAUGUUGUUGUUAUCAGCCACUGGGUUCUCUGCUCCUUCAACCUUUGUUGCUACAACCAACAUCCAAAAUAAUAACCAGCCGGUGCUUUUAUCCCCACCAAACCCAAUAUCAUUAUUCGAGUCGUUUAUUUCUUAUAUGAGGCUGUUGUUUUCAAGAAAUAAAAGAUUUAAAAAAAUAUGUACUUUUGUCGAUUCUGAUAUUGAGAGCAUCUAUGAACUAAAUAUCACGAUAAAUGAAACCUUUGAAUCAUGGCUUGAAGAACAAAAGCGAUUUUCAUUUGAUUCAAUAUUGGAAAAUAUUGGAGGUGUUGGUUUCAAGUACAAUGAUGUAGCUGAAGGUGCCGUGAUUGCCUCGCCUUCGAAAGAUCAUCCAAACUACUACUAUCAGUGGACAAGAGACGCAGCAAUUACAAUCUCUUCUUUAGUUGAAUUUUUAGAAGAUAAUAUCGAUAGUAUAGGUGGUAAAAAUAUGAAGAGGGUUUUUUUGGGAAUUGAGUCAUAUAUUAAAAAUAGCUACGACUUACAGAGAAUAGACAACUUGUCAGGCAAAUGGGAAACACUAGACGGGUUGGGUGAACCAAAAUUCAUGGUCGACUCUACAGCCUUUAAUGAGAGUUGGGGGAGACCACAGAGGGAUGGACCGGGAUUACGAGUAAUCACAUUAACCAACUAUAUCAACUUUUUACUCGAUAAUGACUUUGAUUUUCAAACUCCAAAGUUGAAAAGUUUUGAUUUUGUUUAUCAGGAAAUCUUAAAGCCAGACUUGUCUUACAUCAUGAAGAAUUGGAACAAAAACGGGUUUGACCUUUGGGAAGAGGUAGAUUCCUAUCAUUUAUUCACUUCUUUAACACUGUUGAAAGCCCUCAAAAAUGGUAUUAAAAUAUCAGAGAAAUUCAAUGAUGAAGAAUUUUGCACUAAAUUAAGAGAAACAUUUAUUGCAUUAAGAGCUUUUAUUCUGUUUGACAGCGGCUUUAAAAGCUUAAACGUACCCUACCUAAUUGAAACACCUUCCUUGUUAUACCUUGGCAAACGAUGCGGCUUAGACAUUGGCUCUCUAUUAGCAACUUUGAGGGCUCAUGACAUUGAUGAUCCUUCGGAUAUUAUAGAUAUCCCAUUCUCCGUCGAAGAUUCCGCUGUCUUGAGCACUUUGUUUGCAUUGGUGAAUGACAUGAAAUUUAGAUACCCAAUCAAUCAUGAAGACGGAACUUUUAGUAAGGGUGUUGCAUUAGGUAGAUACCCAGAAGAUAUAUAUGAUGGCUACGGUCUUAGCGAAGGCAACCCAUGGUUUAUUGCAACUGCAACGGCAUCAGAGGUGCUAUUCAACCUCAUAUAUUUGCUUUACAAAAAUGGAAAUGAUUUGAUCAUACCUAAAGAUCAGUUUUUCUUCUAUUCUAGUAUUGUUAACUUAAAUCCUAAUAUGAAAUCUGAUGAAGUUAUAAUGCCCUUUGGGUCCGAGGCCUUUAUCAAAACAACAUUGUCGCUGUUAAGGUAUGCAGAUUCAUUUUUAGAGGUCAUACACAAACAUGUUGCAGAAGGCGGGCAUAUGAGUGAACAAUUCAAUAAAUACAAUGGUUUUAUGGAAGGUGCUGAAGAUUUAACAUGGAGCUAUGGUUCCUUCUGGAGUGCAGUGAGGUGGAGAAGAAAAGCCAACCAAGUGGUUGAUUUAGUCCUAAAGAGUUAA